GGAAAAGCGAAUAAUAUUUAAUGAGAAGUAGCGCACGCAACGCAAGCGGUAGCGAUUGGGCGAACGUGAGCGAGGUGAUCGCGUGCUCUUCGCCUCCUUCUCCUUCGGUUUCUAGACACGCGACACACUGAAACGCAAGUCUCUCCGUCUCACUCCCUCUGAUCCGCGAGCCGCACAAUUCUCGGAGGCACCAAGGUUUAACUUGCAAAUGGCUAAGUUUAGCAAGUUGCAACGGAAGACUAACUCCCGCCGUCACCAGGCUUCCCCAUAUGCAUUUUCAUCCUGCUCUCGGAAUGUCUUCAAACAUGUUCUCUUAAAGAAGAGGCGUUCAAGAGCAUCAGAGAAGAAACAUUGGAAAGACGCAACCUGUUCAGUUUGUUUGGAGUACCCUCACAAUGCUGUUCUCCUCCUCUGUUCCUCUUAUGACAAAGGUUGCCGGCCUUAUAUGUGUGCCACUAGCCAUCGGUAUUCCAACUGUCUUGAGCAAUACAAGAAAGCCUACACAAAAGUAAACCCAAUUCAAAGUUCUCAACAUUGGACUGAGUUAAUGGAAAAUUCUAGUUUAAGUUCUGGGCUGCAGCCUCACAAUGAAAAGAUGGAAGUGCCAGAGCUGUUAUGCCCUCUCUGUCGUGGGCAGGUGAAGGGUUGGACUGUGGUUGAGCCGGCAAGAAAGUAUCUGAAUGCAAAGAAGAGAGCUUGCAUGCUGGAUGAUUGUUCAUUUGUUGGAAGUUAUAAGGAACUCAGAAAACAUGUUAGGACAAAGCACCCAUUGGCAUGCCCACGAGCAGUGGAUCCUAUACAUGAAGAAAAAUGGAAGAGGCUCGAGCGUGAAAGGGAGCAAAAUGAUGUAAUCAGCACGAUUAUAUCGUCAACACCUGGGGCUGUGGUGCUGGGGGAUUAUGUGAUAGAACCUAACUUUGGUGGUAGUUAUAGUGAUUACGAUACUGAUUUGGAAGAUUCUUUAGAUGGUGCUUUCUUCCGUCUUGCAUCACUUACUGGCGGAGAGAAUCAUGGUAUUUACUCACGUGGUAGAUAUAAUAGGCACCGGGACUUGUUCGAUGUUGAUUUUGGGAGGCGUAGUGGUUUUGCUUUCCGUCCUGUUGCUUCAUUUGGACAGGGUUUAGUGGUUGGACCUGGACGUUCAAGGAGGCAAUGGAGGCAUAGAAGAGCAACCCUUUUGUGACAAUAAUAACAGAGAAGUGGGGAUGGGGAAGGACUGAGAUUCAGCUCUUCUAUGGUCGUGUUCUUGUAUAUUCAUGCUGUGUUAUUGGACCUUGUAUUGGUAUGCCAGAGCAUUGUCAUCAUAUCUUUGACAGAGCGAAGCUGUUGAACUCACCAUUUGGAUUAGUUUACAUUUUGGGGGAGAGGAGGCGCCUUGCCUCUGCAUAUUUAGUAGUCUAGGAAAGAACAAACAUUUUUACUUUGUUCCCUUUGGAGGUUGCAUGGAUUUGCAAUCAUUUGGUCAUGCAUGAAUCGGCCAUUUGAUAGGGUGAUAUUGGUUCAAAUACGUUUACCCCAAAUGUUUUAUUUUGAGAAUUGAUAUUGUCUCCUUGUUUCCGCGAUUA